AUGGAAUCCUCUUCAUCCACAUCUCAGAUGGAAUUCGCCAUGGAAUUCUCUUCUUCCACAUCUCAGAAAUGUGCGUGCACUAUGCUUAGGUCGAGAGAAGGCUACGAUUUCUCUCCAAAGACUGAUGCGUCUGUUUUGCAAGCUGCUACGGCUUACAAUCUUCGAAGAUGUGUUAUUUCAGAAGGCGGAAUAAAAAGUCCUCUGGCUUAUUUAGACGGUCCAGUGCCUCAAGAAUCUGCUGUUGGGGCAUUGAGAAACUUGGUUGGAGUGAUUUCAGUUGAUGUUUCGGUUUCAUUAGGCCUUCUUCCAAGGCUAGUCCAUGUGCUUAAAUUAGGUUCUCUUGGUGCACAAAAAGCAAUGGCCUCAACAAUCUAUCUAAUCUGCAACUCAACUGAAAUAAAACGACUAGUUGGUGAAUCUAGAUGCAUUCCUGUUCUCAUAAAGAUACUGGAGGCUAAAUCUAUCAAUGCGAAGGAGAUUGCAUCACAAGCAAUUCAAGUUUGA